AUGCCACCUCGCGCCCCUCUUGCCGCCCUGCGCGCCCGCCCUCGCCCUGUGUCGGCCCUCGUGACCUCCCGCCGGCCGCUCCCCACCUCGUCCAUUUCUCGCACCCUGUCGACCACGGCGCACCGCUCGAGCGUCAAGGACUAUGCGGCAGCGUUCCUGCACGGCAGCGAGGAGGCCAAGGAGCAGAUCAAGGAGCAGCACUCGAAGCUUGUCGGUCGGCAUAAGUACGUGCACGAGCUACAGAGGCACAAGGUCCUCCCGCAGCACGUCGAGCAGUACAAGAAGCUCAUCGAGGGCUACUACCGCGGCAUCCACGAGUCGAGUGAGUUCGACGCGCACUUGACGGGCAGCUGGGAGAUUGUCGUCGGCGAUGUCGACACGUUCGUCCACGUGUGGGAGUACCAGGGACUCGGCGGUUUCGAGCGCACGAAGCACGCGAUCCGGGAGAGCAGGGGUCACCUCCAGUUUUUCAACCACGAGAUCCUUCCCUUGAUCAACGAGCGCAACUCGCAGCUCUGCACCGAGUUCAAGUUCUUCCCCGUCACGGACCCUCACGAACGCGGCGGCCUGUACGAGCUGAGGACGUACGACCUCAAGCCGGGCGCGCUCCUCGAGUGGGAGCACGAGUGGCGCGGCGGUCUCGAGGCGCGCAUUGCCGCCGGUCACACGCCCGUCGCGUGCUGGUACGCCGGCAUCGGCAAGCUGCACACGGUGCACAUGAUCUGGCACUACGAGUCGCUCGAGGCGCGGCGCGAGAUCCGGGCCGCGAGCUGGAAGAACGACAAGUGGUCGAGCACCGUGUCGAGGACGGUCCCGCUCACGCAGAGCAUGACGAGCAACAUCCUCAAGGCCCUCCCUUUCUCGCCGAUGCGGUAGGGUUGCCGUCGUCCCUUCGUCUUUGUCAGUCUCGUCGAGCGUCGCUGGGUCGUCGGGCGUGUCGUCCCCUCUGUGCAUGUGCAACUCGUCCUGGUUCUCUCUUUCUC